AUGUCUUGUGGCUUCUGCCAUGGCCGAUGUGACCACUUCUGGCAGAGAAAUCAUAUCGUAUUUCUUUUUUGUCGGACAGCCGUUAUCAGCAAGCCGUACAUUACGAGAAGCCUGGCUGUUGUGGGUGAAGGUGAUGACGUCACACUGACCUGCAACACAGACUCCUCGCCCGUCUCUGCCUUCACGUACUCGUGGGUAAAAGACGCAGGUAGCCCACUCUCUGAGACUGGCAGGGACUUAACGAUCACUGGAGCAUCUCAGGGCACAGAUGGGGGCAGCUACACCUGUACCAUUUCUGAGACUUUUUCGUCCGACACCAGUAAUGGAUACACUUUAACAAUCUACGCCGUGCCUGAGAAGCCUAUCAUCACCGUGACCCCAGGGUCAAUCAGUGCCAACGACCACGUGACCUUGAUCUGUUCGUCCAGCUCUUUCUCCACUCUCAGCCUCACCUACGAGUGGUUUCAGGACAAUGACCCCCGCUCCGAGACAGACAGGGUGUUGACUUUGCCUGCCUUCACUCCGGCCACUGACAGUGGUAUCUACACGUGUGCAGCCAUCCAUUCUGGGGUCAAAUCUGCAUACAGUGACGCGAGGGUGGUAGCGCUGAGUGGAGCACCUGCACAGCCCAGCCUGACAGUGGCCCCCAGUAGUUUCGCAAUUGGCGACUCUGUCACUCUGGAAUGCUCCACCACCACCAGCGCCAUCACUACGUUUUCUUACUCCAAAAACGGGGGGACUGUGAGUGGAGAAUCAGCCAGCACUCUCGUUAUAUCUUCUUUUGCCUCGACCGACACCGGAGGGUACUCCUGUAAAGCUAUCUCUGGCUCAGGUGAAGAGUCUGUGGCUAGUGUCGAGGUGCAAGUCGCCCCAUCAGGGACACCAGACAAACCUGUGGUCACAGUGAGCUCAGAGACGUUCAUGGACGGCACUGAUGUGACCUUGACCUGCACAAGUACUUCCACGGGAACCAAGAGCUACCAAUGGUAAAACACUGUAUUUAGAAUUAACCUACCUUAGAAUUUAAAGUUCUAUCUGCUCG